AAACACUAAUAGCAUUCUUCACUAUCCACCACACACAGAAACGAUCCAAAACUCGUACUAUCGAAUCUAAUGGCUGCGUUCUGAUCUGCCUCCUCGUCAGCCAGAGGAGUGUUCGCUCUUUCGCCGUGGCUAAGAUUCAGUUAGAGAGGAAAAGAGAGUUAUGAGAUAGAGAACUCAGGGAAGAGAGUUUUCUUUUUCUUUUUGAGAAACAGAGAAGAGAGUAAGAGUGGAGAGAAACGAGACAGAAUCGAGAGAGGGAGAGAGAGAGAAAGAAGAGAGCAGUAACGGGGUUUGGUCCGUUAGGGACAAAGUUGUCUUUUGAGGAUCAAAUGGUUUUACUCCACGUCUCUCCUCCCUCCUCAACUCUUUGCUGCCUCUCCAGUCUUCUCCCUAACUCUCUGCUUCUCUCGUAUCCCAAACCCCGACACUCACACACGGUGGCAAGGUGAUAUCGUCAGCAGCAACAUCGGCUCAACAAUAGAGCUAGUCGGCUCGAAGCCAUCUAUAAUCUAUAGAAUCAAUCAAAGCUCAACAAGGGAAGUGCUAGAUGGCGUUGAGGCGGUUCCUUGGGUUUUCUGAUGGUGAGUUGAUGAGGUCGGAUUCAAAACCUUGUUCCAGACUAAUGAGACAGACGGCUGGAAUUUUUACCGUUGGAGGAGGAUUAGGAUUUUGGAUUCUUUGUAGAUUGCACUAUGGUCCAAGAAUUACGGUGCCUAGGAGCCUUCGGUGGGCAGCUUGUGGAGCAGUAUCUGUUAGCUCUACGACUGCUUUACUGGUUCGCUUAUUUAGUCCUGAAUGUGAACCACAGAACAUAGCUGCUUAUGACAAGGGAAGUUAGUUUUAACUACUAGAGUUUGGUUUGGUUUUUGUUUCUGUGUCUGUAGGUUUGAAGCUUGUCUUGGAUCUAUUUUCUCAUCAAUAAUGCAAGACCAAUAUUAUUACUCA